AUGUCCAACCGGGUCCAACUGCAGCCCAUCCAGGAGCACUAUCUGAAGCGCGAGCUGGUGCGGCUCGAAAUCGAAGACGAGUUUGCCGAGCUGGCCGACUUUCGGGGUCUGCGCAAGUUCGGAGCGCCGUUUGCGCCCAAUGGCCCCAGUCACACGCCGGAGCCGAUCAUCGAAGGGACCGAGGGCUUCCACGACGGCGACCACUACACGCCGACGAUCGGGUCGCCGGUGCUGGAGCCGCAGAGCUCCGGAGGAUCCCACCACAGCGUCAUGGGGUCCAUCAAACACAUCAAGAAGAAGGGCAGCCACAUCAAGAAACACAUUCACAUUCCGCAUCUCAAGGGCCACGGCCACGGUGGUGACCACGACCACGAAGACCACUUCUACGACUCCCACGACGAAAACUACGGCGACCUGAGCCUCAGCGCAAUGCCCCACGAUACCGGCUACACAACCCCCAGCACCGGAAACGCAACCCCCAACCGAACCCUCGCCACCACCAACGGCCCCAAUGGCCCCAACGGCCCCAACGGCCCCGUGGUCUACCAAUUCCCCAUUGUCCGCCACAUGUUUGUCCACCACAUCAAGACGUUUCCGUUUCUCAGCAAAGCCGACGACCGCGACUUUUGGCAACUGCGGCUCCAGGCGUUUCUAGAGUCGUUCGCAGACAAGAACAUCUCCUCAUCGGAAGACAGAGCCGAAGACACAAAGCGAUCGAAAAUCUCCCUGCGGAUCAAAAAAGCCUUUGCAAUGUACAUGUCUGCCGGCCUCAUGACCACCAACGUCGACGAGCCCGCGGCCAAGGUGGAGAAACCGGCCACCGCCGGCGUCGAGCAGCUGGACCACAAAAAAGUCCUAUCGUCCUUGGCCAGUGGAAAAUUCAUUAACGGCCUGUGCGUCAAUGUCGUGGGAGUGCGCGAAAUCCGAACCAAACGAAUGCUCUCGUUUCUAGCCGGCGACCACGUGAGCGCCGAGUACCUCAUUGAGACGAAAAUGGAGUCUCAUGAGGGCCGAACCGUUGUGGUCGCACGCACCUUCCACGACUUCAAGGAGCUGGCCAAGAAGCUACACCGGGAGUUUCCCGGACGUGGGCUGCCCAAUUUGCCCGUGCGUAACCGUGCUGCCUCCCAGGCCACGUCCUCAGGUAUCGGCGGCUUUGUCGACACCGAAAACGACGACCCCGAAGACGAGCUCAACGACGCAGAGGAGCAUAUUGAUGAUGACGAUACCGCCAACGUCCAUCACGAUGGAAAGAGAGUAAGUCUUCCGCGUGAGAAACAACGAACCACCCUCCGUGCCUACCUUCAUACUCUGGUGUCAAACCGAAUGGUAGCCAACUCCAAGACGCUCCUCGAGUUUCUCUACAUGGACCCCAUUCAAAUGACACCCAACGAGAUUCGCGAUAUGGAGCUGCGUCGAAAAGUCGACAUUGCCCGUGUGCGUGACCAGCUGCAGUUCUACGAGGUUGCCCAAGCCCGAGCGCAGGAGCUCAACGUUUACCUCCAGGAGUUCAAGCAGGAUCUUGUGCGGGAAGAUGGUCUGAAACACAUUUUCGACGAGAUCCGGGACAAGAGCAGCGCACGUGACCUGAGUCCCCGGUUCCAAAAGUUCAUCAAGUGGGCGACGAUUGAGUUUGCCGCCACGCUGUUCCACAUGUUUGUGGCGUCGGACAAUGCUCCCGAGGUGUUUGCGCAGGUGUGUCGUCUUCACCGGUUCAUUCCGUACACGGUGAUCAAGGGCAUUUUGCGGCUGUCCAACCCCGUCUCGAUCAUGAAGGGAAUGAUGGAUCUGUUCCUGGCCCAGCCGUUUGGCCGCAAGUCGCUCUUCCAGAAUAUCAUCUGGUACAUGUUACAAGAAGACAUCAAGCAGCAGGAGCGGGCCAUCAAGGAGCUCAAGCUGCUCAUUGCCGAUGAUUCCGUGUGUCAGGGACUGGAGGAUUUUGUCUACGCUGACGAGGCCACUCAUCAGCGGGUGCUCAAGACCAAGCAUGCUCAUGACUGCGACAUGGUGCUGGCCAUUUUCAAGCUGCAGGCAGAAGAGAACCAUUCCUGGGAACAGGAGCGCACUGUGCAGCUGUGGUACGAACGGUGGGACAAUGCGGUGGAGGAGGAGCCGAGUAACGAUCCCCAUGAAGUUCAGUCCGACGAGGUGCUCAAGUUUUCUGCCACCAAGAACUUGCUGAAGCAUUUGACCAGAAAGCGAGACAAGGACCUGUUCCAGGAUCUGAUCAAUGAGAAGGCGACCGUUCAGCUAGUCAAGGAUCUGAUCACCAUCUUCUACGAGCCCCUGAUUCGGGUCUUCAAGGAUGCCCAUAUUUCUGAGGCAGUGGGAGAUCUUCAGCGGUUUGCCGACGACCUGAUCAAGACGGUCAGCAAGAGUGAGAUUGAUUCGCUCACUUCGGACGCCAAUUCGCAGGUCCAACUGUUUGUGGACCUGUGCAACCGACACGUUGACUCUCUGUUCAAGUUCAUCCACAAUGUGUACCAGCACGACGGCGGUCUGUUUGACCAGCUCAUGGGCUGGAUUUCGGACAUUAUUCUCUUUCUGAAGGACGGCCAGCAGCAUGGAGCUCCUCUUGAUCUCGAAAUGAUGCUGGCCAACUACCCCGGUGACAAGGAGAGGGUGGUGUUUGAGGUGGACCAGAUUGUCGACUGGACACGACGACGAAAGGACUGGUACGAUCUGCGCGCCGCGGCAGCCCAGCAGAUGCGUGACAGCGGAGUUAAGCGGUUGUCGAGGUCGUCUUCGGUCAACUCGACCCUUGCAGCCAUGGGUGCUGACGCGGAGGACGACAUUGACACGCGAUGGGACUCGACCUUGCCAGGAGGAGCCAACGGCAUCAACACGGGCGAUUUCGGAAUCGAUAUUGAAGACAUUAACGAGCUGGAAUUGGACGUGGCGGAGCUGGAUCUAGAGGACCGCGCUAUCAUGGGCAAGAGCGAGGGACAGCUGGAUGCGGUGGAAGAGGAGAGACGACGACGACAGUUGGCCCGGAAGAUUGAACAGAAGCAGCAGUCCAGCGACUUGCCGCCCCAGCGACCGGAUAUUACCGAGAUUCCCAAAAUGCUGCCUGUUUUCAAGAACCAAUUGUUGGAGAUUCUGGACCGCUAG